GAUUGUACGAACACCAUAAUACAUUUGAUAAACACAUCACAAUGCGUUGUACUAUCGUAAUGUCUCUGUAUGUGUACUUAUGGAUUAGGUAGGUACAUCUUCGGACAAUAAAUUGCGGGCUCGUGGGUUCCGGCUUCAUAAUAUUACUAAUUUAUUGCUAAAUCAAAAGGAUUUCAUAAUGUCCGAAUCGUCGAAUUUGAAUGAGUCCUUUCAGUUGUUCUUUCCUUCAGAUUAUUCCUCUGCAAUAGAAAUUGAACAAUUGAGCAUCCAUAGUGAAAGGAACUUAUCGUUAUCUGCGGAAACUAUCAAUUCCAAAUCGACCGAACAGCUGUCACUGAAAAACGUAACAAACGUCGUUAAAAGUAACAAAACGGUUAAAGAUUGCGAAUCGUUUGCAAAAAAGCUUGAAUAUCCACUGACAAAAUGGUCUAAACGAGAGAUGGCUGCAAAGAUUCGUGCGGAACGUGAUAGAAAAUUUGAAAGUAUUAAAAAGAUUAACGAGAAAAUUACGCGUGGCGCCGAAUUCCUCAAAAACACUUCUGGAAAAACACAAGCUGAUAAAUUAGAAGACCUUAAAAAAUUAAACAACGGCCAAUUGUACCAUGACAGAAGUUCUAUUAAUGAUGACAUGCAAAGUACAUCACUUAACACCAGAAUAGAAGCACUUGAAUUAAAUUUAAGAAAAAUCCAAGAUGAGUUGAUAGUAGAAAAAAAUAGGCUUAGUGAUGACGUGGAAGAACAUUUGAAUGUAGUCGAAGAUCAAUAUUUCAAUAACGAAUCUGAUGAAAAAUCUAUUUAUACGAAUAUCGAAACCAUCAACGAACAGGUCGAAAAAGAUCGUUCAGAUAAAACGGAAUCCGCGUUAGAUGACGUCACAAAAAGAAUGGAUGACUGUUCCUUGAACGAGCUUGUUUUUGAGACGGUUUCAAAUUUGGAGACUAGAUUAACAUUCAAUCCAAAUCCUAUCGAGUUUAAAGUGAUGAAGAGGUAUUCAAAUGAAAUAAUUGAUAGUAGUAUUUUGGAACAACAGAUUAAAGUUACCAACCGUAGUAAAACCACUGUAUCGUGUAAGUUUAGCCAUUUGUCCGAUCCAAACUGGGUACUUCAAGACAACAUGAAUACCAUAAAAGUAAUACCAGUCACCUGGUGUCGUGUGCAGCCAGCUACAACGAUCGUUUACUCAGUGACAUUUAAACCGAUGGUAUUACCCAAUUUCAGGACCUAUCAGAGUUUAUAUGGAGUAAAACUAGUGUUUGAAACUGUGACAAAUAACCAACCAGAUUUAAAAUACGUGUUGAGUAUUCCAGUCAAGUUUUGUAUUAUUAAACCUGAACCGGAGCUGGUUACCAAAACAAUAACUUUCCCGGCUGUACGCGAUUCAUGCGAAAAUUAUAUUUCCAAACAAUAUUUAAUCAUGAAAAAUAAUGGUGAUGCCGACUGUGUUUUUAGCGUACUUACAGAGACCGAGUUUCAAAAAAAACGAAACAUCAGUUUCUUCUUAGGUUAUGACUUAAAUGAAACGGAAAUGGACGAUAACGAUGUAAUACCCGGUACUAUUAUUAAGUAUGUUAUUCGUCAGAUGUUCAGUAACUUUAUGUGGAGACAUCAUGUUAACGUGCUAUUACCAGCCAAAAGAUCUGUAAAAGUUCCAGUUAUAUUCAACCGAAACUUUGCCCAAUCGUCGGUCACCGAGUAUUUCAUAAUCGUAUUUGAUAAUACCGAGUAUUCGAUUCCAAAUCAGAGGGUGAACGUUAUCGGUCAGGUCAUAGAUCAACAAAUUCUCGUAGAUCCCAGCGUGAUCGAUCUCGGUCUGUGCUACUUAACGAGUUCCGUACAGACGGGCAGCUUUAAAUUACGCAACACCAGCAGGGUGGUAGUGCCGUACGAAAUCAAACUACCCCGGGAACUGUCCAAACAUGCAGGGCUCAGCCAUUCGAAGGGAUACCUCAAAGCUGGAUCUUCGAUGGAAAUUUUCAUUCGUCUGUGUUUGAAGUACGACAUGUUGCGUCCGGACGAAUGCAAAACGUAUUUCGACGCAAAAAGUGGUGUCCUGGAUUUCCCAGUACGAGUUUAUCCGUCAAACUGUAAGAAAUUCCACGAGAUACGCGUCUUGGCGGUGGUGACCACGUCGUUUGGUCUGAAACUAAGCCCCGAUACAUUGGAUUUUGGUACAGUUAACACGACGGAAACCGUCGUUCGGAGUGUCAUGUUGGCCAACCAUUCGAGAACCAAAAUGGAAUACGGAUUCAUGAAACUACCAGAAAGAAUUUCUGUACGUCCUAGUGCAUUCGGUACUAUAUUUUCUGGAGAGAAAAUUUGUCUGCACUUACAUUAUAGCCCUGGAACAAGCAUCUUGCAGCAGAACGUCCAUACUUACAAUGACGAUUUCGUAUUGAUAUGCGAUACAGUUACCGGUGCCAACGCAGAUAUAUGUCCCUUUCAAAACGAUGCAACCUCACAAAUUUAUGAAACAAUAAAUGAAGAAAAUAUGUCGAAUACAAUUAUAAAUAAAAAUCCAGCAGUCAGCGAAAACGAGAUAAAAGAAUUAAAUCAUGGACCUGAUCAGAUAGAUGUUUCGGUAUUAAAACACGAAGUAGAAAUAAGUUCAUUUGAGAAAAAUGCUAUCUUAAGACAGGCCACUGUAAGAUGCCUUGCACAAAUUCAUGAUGUACCAGUAGAACUUUCCAUACAAAAAAUCAUAUUCGGAAAAACUCAUUUCACGUCUUACUCGAUUUUUAAGAUUGAUUUGAGAGCAUCGAAUUUGGCAUCUAUAACCGAACGUAACAUUAACUCAUUUCCGGAUUUCAAAAUUAGAUUUGAAUUUGUCUCGAAUGAUUCUACAGUAGAGUUUAAACCAAGGAAUGGAUUACUACAUUCAAAAGAAAUCAUGACUAUCAGUGUCAUAUUUAGACCACAGCUUGAUAGUGAGAUGCAAAGUAUUUAUGAAGAGAGCCUCAAUUCUGAAGUAAUAAAAAUCAAGGUCGAUAAAAUUUUAAAGGAUAAGAAUUCUUUCAUAAAUCAAGUUUACACUGACAAACCAUUUCUUCAUGAGAAAAUCAAAGUAUUUGAAGCCAAUAAAAUAUUUUAUUCAUUAAUGUAUGAUACAACAAAAAUCGUUUCUGCUGCUUGCUUUGUACAGUUCGUUAAUCAAAAAUCAAAAGAAUAUUUUGGAUUCUGCACUGAAUCGUUGAAGCUGAGUCUCGUGUGUCCGACAACGAAGCCGAACAUCAUCUUGUUUAGCGAUCGAAUAGAUUUCGGUGAACGGACCAUAGACGUCCGUCACAACGAAUGGCUGUUCGUACGGAACGUGACAACGCGCCCUGUGCCGUUGAAGGUUUCGCCGCCUAGCCCAGUCGGACCUUUUUUCUGCGCAUUUGCUUUGAACGGAGAACAGUUAUUAUAUCCCGACCGCACGUUGCCAAUCAACAUUUCAUUCAUACCCGAACACGAGUUGGAGGUAAAGGAAAUGUUGGAGGUGAGUUCCGAAACGAUGCGGUUACAGGUCAUGGUAUCCGGUAGCGGUCUCGGCCCAUCGUGCACAAUCACACCAAAUGACAUGUUCAACGUAAUACAAUCUACGCGCAAACACGCAAACAAAGCACUUAUUUUUCGGGUGACAAACACCAGUGGGACGAAAGUUCGGUUCAACGUGCAAAUGGAAUGGACGAGGGAGAGGUCAGAGCCAAUGGUCGACAGUGCGGUGUUCGAGUUCAUAGAAACGCUCCGAACGGCGGAGCUGUCGGACCCGGAGCAGCGUGCGGCGAUGGAAUCGCGUUUUGAAGGAGCCGAUUGGGCCGAGGAAUCCGCAGACGCUGGUGAAGGUGCGUUUGACCUGGGAAACGGCGGAAGGCCACUGUGGUUUCGUUUGGACCCGAAUGGGUCGCGGUACGUUCAGGUUACUUUGAUGCUUCCUCGGUACAACCGACAACUAGACGAAGACAAAGACGGUGUCAGCGACGAGGAGUCGUUGGAGUCCCCGGACGGAAGCGAAGAGGAGGCGUUUAAAUCACCUGACGAUGGUUUCGGGACGAAGUUGGCCGAACCGGGCAGAGAGCAUAAUCGCAACAACGAUGAUCGAACAGCCACCGACAAGCGUCGCGUCUUCGCAGCAAAGUUCAACGUGCACGUAGGCCAUUUGGUGCUCCAACAGUUCUACGUGUUUGGUUUCGUAGACGUGGAUAAAUCUGCGGACUCCUAGGGUCAUCUAUUGCGAUUAUUGUUAUUUUUUUGUUGGUGUCUUAUAGUAUUAUACAAUAUUCAUACGCGAUGUAUUGUGUCACAGAGCUUAUUGAGUAUACAGAGGCAGUAUAAUAUGGCCCAUCCCGGAUAUGUCAAACUGGGCGAAAAGUAUUAACGGGGCCAAAUAUAUUGAAUACAUAGUUUACUAUAUGCGGGCCGCACAUUCAAAAAAAAACAUUUGAUGUACAUUUUUAAUUGUAUUUGCCAUUACUAACAAUACUUUAUACCUAUCAGAAAAUAAGACAGAAAAGUAAAUAAUGACGUAAACCUCUCACAUCUUGACAUGCCUGCUCUAACCACUAUAAGUGGAAUUGAUUAUAAUUCGAGGUAGGUACCUGCAAGCUUCUACGUCGUAUUUGAGACCUAACGUCAACUGACUGAAACAAAGUUCUAUAAAUGUUAUAUGACAUCAAAUAAUAGUAUACUUGUUUUAAGUACCUACUUAAAUUAUAGUUUUUAGGCAAAACGUUUUAGAAGGAAGUUAU